CGGAUGGAUAGGACAGCACGGUCACGUGAUGACAUCGCACUUCCGGUCUGGCCAGUAAUCCCGGUCUCCAGGCCUUCAUGCAGACAAUUAUCCUGAGAGGGGCCUGUUAUUUGGGAAGAGAGCGAUGAAUUCCCUGGAACAAGCGGAAGAUCUUAAGGCAUUUGAAAGAAGACUCACUGAGUAUGUUUCCUGUCUGCAACCUGCAACUGGCCGGUGGCGAAUGAUCCUUAUAGUGGUGUCUGUCUGUACUGCAACAGGGGCUUGGAACUGGUUGAUAGACCCGGACACACAGAAGGUGUCCUUCUUCUCAUCUCUAUGGAAUCACCCAUUCUUCACAAUAAGUUGCAUUACCCUUAUUGGUCUGUUCUUUGCUGGAAUACACAAACGUGUUGUUGCCCCGUCGAUAAUCGCUGCACGUUGUAGGACAGUCCUAGCAGAAUACAACAUGUCCUGCGAUGAUACUGGGAAAUUGAUCCUGAAACCACGGCCACAUAUACAGUAGACUUUCCAUUGAGAUGGCCAACUUGUGCUUGGGUAAAGUUUCUCACGAUUUCUGAGGCACGUACCAGAAAUCCACAAGCAUGGUGAUUGUGAGCAGGGAUAGUACUUGCUGCUGGUGGGAUGUACCUGUGUACAUUAAGCCAUAAGUGGAAGAGCAUAGGACAGCGCUUUUCUAAAAUUGCAUACAUCAGUUUUUCCAUGUCAUUCGAGAAGCCGUCCUCUGUGUGCUGAAACACCCCUAAAGACACUGUAUCUUUUAUUUUUAUUUUUUUGACGUACCUCUUCAUUCUUGAUGGAAAAAGUUAGCAAAUGGGAUUUUUAAGCAAAUAGGAUUCCCACAUUCCUGUUUUUUAAAGAAAAAUGAAAUAGUUUAAUACACUAAGGAGAAUGGUUGGAAGGUCGCUGGUUUAGAUCUUGAGGUUGUGGUGAUGUCACCGUUGAGACUUUGGGGCAUUGCCCUUAACCCCAAUUGCUUCACGGACUGGUUGACCCUGAUUUUUCAUAUGUCGUCUUGGAUACAUACGUCUGCCAAAUAAAUAAAGUGUGACAGGAUCACAAACAUUUCCUAUCAGUUUGCUAGACCUGGUAUAAGUGUGACCGAGCAAGCUCCACCAUGGUUCCUUUUAUUAUGCCUUUCUGUUGACUGUAGCCAAAUACAGAGUGGGAAUUUUAAAUAAAUUUAAAGGAAAAUA